UCCUAAAAAGGACUGUGCCAAGUGCCGCAGGCGUUCCCGCAUGUUAAUGAUUUUGGGUGCUAUAGUCAUGACUGCUUUUGUCUUUUCCUUGGGUCGCAGUUUUGAGCGGUCUAUUGCUUUGGACCGGUACGGUAACUUUGGUGUCUCGGAUGGUUUCCCCGGAGAUGACAGAUUUGACUUUGACAAAGUGAGGUCGCACCACAAUGGCACUCAUCGCCCUCAUCGUGGGAAGCCAAGGCACCGCAGACGUCCACACCACGGCGAUCAUCCUCCACACCACGAUGACCAUCCUCGCCCUCCACACCACGGUGACCACCCUCAUCCGCCACACCACGGUGACCACGACUACCCACAUGACCCCCCGCAUGGGGAUCACCGUGGUCCGCCACCAAAGGACAAUGAAGAGGUCCCACUAAGAGAUGAGGAAGCCUCAGCUUCAGAAACUUCUGGAGACACAGAAUAAAUGACGCCAUUCGAAGUUUUUUUAAGUCCUUUUCUACCUAACUUUUAUUUUUAUGGCGGCCUGUUUCUUUUUUCACUCUUCGUAUCGCCAUUUUUUUUUUGCAGCGCUCAGAUACUUUUUAUAAUUCACCGUAGCUUUUAUAUUUAACCCAUGGUUUUAACGAGGCUGGCGAUAUGUAGACUAAAGGUGAAAGUAAACGUGAGAGUCUAGUGACGGUGACCGCAUAGACACCAAAAUACCUGUAGUAAGUGUUUGUAAACAAUCCCAAAGUAUCACAGAAUUCGAAUGUAUUCAGAUGACCGUUGAAUCUAACUUCAGACAGUACCAGUGCAAAUCUAAAACUCCUAUAGUUUUUGGGGUCUCAUCCUGAAUUAUACAUGCUGAGGCCAACCGGCGU